UGCAUUAUUCACCUUUUCUAAUCUCAACCAUAUCGCACUUUCGCCAAUUUCUUUCUCUCUCAUUGCCGUCUUUCUCGCGCUUCAAUCCUUUAUUGCGUUUGUCUUUAUCUGAUCGAUCAACGACGUUCGCAGUUUUUUUUUUUUUUUUUUUUGCUUUAUUUUGUUUUGUUUAUUUCCAUUCGUGGCAAGUGCUUUUGUCGAUGUAAUUUCGUCGUUUUGGGUGCAUUUCGAUCUUUGCUGUCGCCUUGUAGAUUUUGUUGCUAAUUUGCAUGAAAAUGCUGGAUUACUUGCAGAGAAUAUGGAAAGCACUCAAAGCAGUGAUUGGAUUUAAUUGCACGUAAUGGAGGUUUAAAGCCGCGCAGAACUCGGUGUUGUUGGUGUUUUGGUGGUAGUGGUAGUGGGAUUUGGAAUUUGAGGAUUGAGUGGGGGCUUGGAAAAUGGCUGCCAGGAGGGAACACCACCAAAAUGUUCCCCUUUCGGUGCUCCUGAAGCGUGAAUUGGCGAAUGAGAAAAUUGAGAAACCUGAGAUUGCUCAUGGUCAAGCGUGCCAGAGCAAGAAAGGGGAGGAUUUGACACUGCUCAAGACGGAAUGUCAGAGGGUGGUCGGUGAUGGAGUCUCUACAUAUUCUGUAUUUGGGCUAUUUGAUGGACACAAUGGAUCUGCUGCUGCUAUUUAUGCCAAGGAGAAUCUUCUAAAUAAUGUUCUAAGUGCAAUUCCUUCAGAUCUGAACAGAGAUGAGUGGAUAGCAGCAUUGCCCAGGGCUUUGGUUGCUGGCUUUGUAAAAACUGAUAAAGAUUUUCAAGAGAAAGCCCAAAAAUCUGGAACUACUGUCACCUUUGUGAUAAUAGAUGGAUGGGUUGUAACAGUUGCAUCAGUUGGUGAUUCUCGUUGUGUACUUGAAUCUUCUGAUGGUGAGAUUUAUUACUUGUCUGCAGAUCACAGGCUAGAAACAAAUGAAGAGGAGAGGGUGCGGAUCACCUCUAGCGGUGGUGAAGUUGGCCGGCUAAAUACAGGGGGAGGUGCAGAGGUUGGUCCUUUGAGAUGUUGGCCUGGUGGCUUGUGUCUUUCACGAUCUAUUGGAGAUAUGGAUAUUGGUGAAUUUGUUGUCCCUGUACCAUAUGUAAAGCAAGUGAAGUUGUCCACUGCUGGAGGCCGGCUUGUUAUCUGCAGUGAUGGUGUUUGGGAUGCUCUACCUGCAGAAGUAGCCCUUGAUUGUUGUCGUGGAAUGUCAGCCGAAGCUGCUGCACCACAAAUUGUUAAAGAAGCUAUACAAGCAAAAGGACUUAGAGAUGAUACAACCUGUAUCGUUGUUGAUAUAUUACAACAGGAGAAGCCACCUGUUUCUGUGCCACAUCCAAAGAAGCCAGUAAAGGGAAUGCUCAAGUCCAUGUUUCGGAAAAGGUCUUCUGAAUCAUCUUCUUAUAUUGACAAAGAGUACUUGGAGCCAGAUGUAAUAGAGGAAAUGUACGAGGAAGGAUCUGCCAUGCUUUCAGAGAGGUUAGAUACUAAGUAUCCAGUCUGCAACAUGUUUAAGUUGUUUAUAUGUGCAGUAUGUCAAGUAGAGAUAAAACCUGGAGAGGGUAUUUCAAUACACGAGGGUGCGGCCAACUCUCAAAAAUUUCGUCCCUGGGACGGACCUUUCCUGUGCUCAAGUUGCCAAGAGAAGAAAGAAGCCAUGGAAGGGAAAAGAUCAUCAGGUAGACUUAGCAGUGGAAGUGACGAAUAACUCUCGUGUAUAUUUGCAUUUUGGGAGUGAUAUAAAGAUGUUCAUAUGAUAGGAAGGUCAAACUUCCAAGCAACAAAGAUUCCCUUAUAUUAUCACAGGGGGCUUUAUGGAUAUAAUUUCGAAUUCCACAUGAAAAUACAUAUGAAAACCAAUAGCAGCCUGUUAGAAGAUUUCUGACUUGGACGUAUGAAAUAGCAACAACCAAGUAUUGUGAAGGGUUGUGUUACAAGUGGCAUGGUAUGACAGGAUGUCGGAGGUAAUGCAUUUUUUAUAUAUAUAUUUUUUUCUGGGAUUCGUUCAUUUGUAUACGGGUCUUUUGGAAUCACUAUAGACCUUUUAAUGAAUGUGGUCUUUGUUAUUGUAAUGUAAUAUAGGGAUUUUAAUUAGAAAUCAAUUCUACUGUAGGUUAGAUGUGUGUUAAUCCUUCUGAAUGUUUUGUUCAUUUAGCAUUCGAUUUUGAGAAUUCCUUUGCCAUGCGAACAUUAUGUCUUUUGUAACAUGUGAUAGGCGGAAGUAUCCCAUACCUUCCUCCUCAUCCCCCCUUCUCCAAAAGUCUACAAAAAAAAGGAAUAUAUAUAAGAGGGUUCAAAUGA